AGGACCGUCUAAUGUUAAACUUGGACUUCGCGUCGUCCGCGGACCUGACUGGAGAUACGGAGAGGACAUUGCAGAUGGAUUAGUCGGUACUGUUGUGGAAAUAUCUGGACAUGGUGGGUCGACAAUCCCCUCCAAUUCUGUCUCAGUAGUCUGGGACACGGGCGUGAAAGGUUACUACAGAUCUGGGUUCGAGAACGCCUUUGACCUGUGCGCAAUCGAUAACCUAGAACAAGGUGAGCAUUUGUCUUGCCUGUUUUAACCAGAUGAUUAUUUUCUCACCGAACUGUGCCCCCCCCCCCAACAAAACGGGUUGAACUCUGGUUUUAUGAUAGAUCUUUGAACGAUACUUUUUUUUAAUUUAUAAAUUAUGUAUGUAAGUUUGUAGGAUAGCAUUUUGAUGAAAGAAACUUCUGCAGCCUUAUAAUUAACAUUAAAUGUUAACAAAGUGUAACCGCCCCCCCCCCCCCAAAAAGGCCACGUAAAAAUGGUUAUAAUAAAUCUGUCUCCAUUUGAAAUACAAUUAUAAUAACUUUUGUAGACAUUUUGCUUCCCGAUAGAAUGCCGAUCCCGGAGGGAACCGAUCCCGAUCCUGGUUGAAUCAUGAACCCGAUGGGAUCACGAUACCGGUGGGUUCCCGAUCCCGUCGAUAUUCCGAUCCUGGUGGGCUCCCAAUCUCGUCGGUAUCCAGAUCCCGAUGGUAUUCCGUUUCCAGUGGGAUCCCUAUCCCCCCCCCCCGGCUCCGAAUUCCCGUGAAAUACCAAACGCGUCGUUUUUUUUCCGAUCCCGGUGAGUUCCCAAUCCCGGUAGGUUGGAGUUUCCCGAUAGGAUCCCGAUCCUGAUAGGAUCCAUAUCCCGUCGGUAUGCAGUUCCCGAUUGUAUCUCGAUCCCAUUGGGAUUCCGAUACUGUCAGCUCCUGAUGGUAUAUCGCUCCAGGUGGGAUACCAAUCCCAUUAGGGUCCCGUUUCCCGGUGUGAUCCUCUUUUUUGAUUGGACCCCAUUUUCUGAUAGAAUCCUUAUCCAGGUCUUAUCCCUUUACCCGAUUGGAUCGCGAAACCGAUGGAUUCAAUUUAUUGCUGGAUCUCGUUAACGUUACUCUAAGCUUUUAUAUCCCGGUACAUAACGCCGUAGAACUAUAUAGAAAUUUCAGAAACAUUCUAGGUUAAAUUUAAUAUCCUCCUAGAAAGGUGUAAACAAUAAUUUUCUAAGUAAUUAAUUUUCUAACACUAAAAAGUAUAAACUAAUUGCACUUCUUUAGCUAUAACACAUUUAAGCUGAAAGUGAGGCCUUGCUGGAGGCCCAUUCCAUAGUUGCACCGAAUAAGAUUAGUUUUGCCUGAGAUCGGUGUGGGGGAGGGGGGGGCUAUAAAAAUCAUUCAGAUAAGUUAUGGAGUUGAAAUUUAAAUUUGUCCCAUUGAAAUCUAUUUAAAAAUGCCAUAGGUAUAGCUUUUAAAAAUAAAUGUUCUGGAAAAUGUUAGAUUGGAUAUUCUUAGUCUUAAAUCCACCUAUAUUUCAAUACGGAAAAUGAUAUGUAUAACCACCAUGUUAGGCCUAUAUCCAUCAAUUCACAUAGAACAUUAUGGAUAUUUAUAUAGUUUAUAUAAUGAUAAAGGAAAUUGGGCCUCAGGAUCUAAAGGAAUAGAUAUUAAUAGUUCAGAAACUUUUGGUAUUUGAAAUUGGAUAAUAAAAGGUAUGUGGACUAAGUUUAGUCAAGAUCCAUCUGUUUAUGUAAGAGUAUGUGUUGGUCAUUUUAUUUAUAUAGUUCAUAGCGGCGAAAUCAACAUUUUACCCCCCCCCCCAACCAAACGUCAUUGUUACAAAAAGUUCAUAACACCUUUUCCAAAUCUUAACAGCCAGACAGCCCCCAAAAGUAACUUGAGUAACACAUUACAACAAAAAUCUGUACACAUGAUUUCAAUUUCAAGGUAAACAUAACUUAGUGAAAAAAUCCCAGGCUUCACCUCCCAACUCAUGGAAAUCCCUCACCUCGUCAACAAAAUCGAAACUUUUAAUAAGCUCUAAGCUUGAGCACUCCCGGCUCUCGUGACAUGAUACACAAUUUACAUUAAAGAGAUCAUAAACAGCAAAAUUCCUCUCCCGUAUACCCCCACAUGACUUAAUAUAUCAACAAUAACAUCGAUUCUCUCCCCUGGCGUCACUUCAGGGACAAAGCUCACCGCCUCCACAUUAACCACGCGGUCGAGGCCGAACCCGUUUGCGCCAACACGACUGUCAGAGUCUACGAUGGACUCAACAAGACCACGGUUCUCAAGCCCUGAGUAAUUCGUGUCACCCCACAAUUACCAAAUUACACGAUUGGACUAUGCCCUCAAAGCUGCACGUGAGAUUAUUUUCUAUGAAUUCAACCUUGUUGAAUUUUCGUUCUCGCCUUAGGGUUGCCCUUUGCAGACUCACGAUCUCAACUUCGUGAUACCCGUAAUCUGUCCAGGUCUUAACACCCUCAGAACACGUUACAAAAUCCACAUUUUUUUCCACUUCACUUUUCCCUCUUGUAUAAAUCCAAACUCAUAUCUUGUACAUCAUGAAAUUUCAUAUCUUGUACAUCAUGAAAGUUCAUAUCUUGUACAUCAUGAAAUUUCAUAUCUUGUACAUCAUGAAAUUUCAUAUCUUGUACAUCAUGAAAGUUCAUAUCUUGUACAUCAUGAAAGUUCAUAUCUUGUACAUCAUGAAAUUUCAUAUCUUGUACAUCAUGAAAGUUCAUAUCUUGUACAUCAUGAAAUUUCAUAUCUUGUACAUCAUGAAAGUUCAUAUCUUGUACAUCAUGAAAUUUCAUAUCUUGUACAUCAUGAAAUUUCAUAUCUUGUACAUCAUGAAAGUUCAUAUCUUGUACAUCAUGAAAGUUCAUGUCUUUUACAUCAUUAAUGGGUGGAGCAUCAAUAACACUAUGUGAAAAUCAAUACCACUGGGCUCACACUCAAUAUCAAUACCCAAUUCACCAUGUGAACAUUCAAUACCACUGGGUUUACAAUCAAUAUUAGCACCAAAAUACUCAUUUGAGUCAUCCACUAUCAUAUCUUGUACCUUUACAAAAUCUGUCUCCCGUGCUUCUACUCUGUGAUCUAUAUGAUUACCUCUCAUUCAAUGCUACAAACAUCUCAUCGUCCCAACACUCAGUUAUGAUUGCCUGAAAUUUAUCGGGACAACUGAUCUCCUCCACAAAUCUCCUUAUUUGACUCAUUUUCCCUGGCUUACAAUAAAAGAACUUUAUUCCGCUCAACUUCAACUACUAAACUCCAAGGUUCCUUAACCGCUUGCCACAAUAGAUAUAUAUUUGUUUAAGUUAGCGACGUUUCUGGAGAAUUCUAGAUUGGAUAUUCUUAGUUUUAAAUCCACCAAUAUUUUAGUGUUGACUAUGGAGGGCUUUGCAAAAAGUCUAGGCCUAGAUCCAUCAUUUCGCAAAGAGGCUAUAGCGUUGUCGAAGUCCAUUAAUAUUUAUAAAGCUUAUAUGAGGAAAAUGAAAGGGAACCUCCGGCCAAAGAGGAAUGAAAAUUAUGAGUUCAUUACCAUAUGGUAUUUGCAUAUCGAUACUUAAGUGUAUAUGUACUGAGUUUGAUCUAAUCCAUCUAUUCAUGUAGAAGUAUUGUUUGGUAAUUUUUUUGUUUGCUCAAAAACGAAAAAAACUAUUUUUGUAUACUAAGUUUUUUUUCCGAAUCCAAGUAAAAGUAAUCUGCACAAGUUUAAACAAAAACUAAUAUUAGAACUGCAGAUAGUUGUAUAUUUAUCCCAUAAUUUAAGUGAAGCAUACAACUAUUACAACAUGUAUUAAUUUUUUUUAAAAUGAUUUAUGUUUUAUGUAAUGACAUAGAUCUAUAACAUUUAAUAUUUUGUUUGUUUCAUUUUUUAUUUUUUAAUUUUUUUUUUACUGACAACUUUUAUUUAGAGAUCUGCGAUCUCAUACAAACAAAACUUAAUUUUAUAAAAUAAUAAUUUAUUUUUAAAAAAUGUUAGAUGUUAAAAUUGAUAUAGCUUUAUUGAACCAACACUUUAUCAGGGGAGUACUAUUACUUGAACAAUUGUGAACACUGUAGAGAAAGAGGAUUCGCUGGCUAUAAGUGGAGUUGUUCGGUCUGUCCUGGUUACAGCCUAUGCUCGCCUUGUUACAUGUCUGACAAACAUGAUACCUCCCACACAUUCUUUAGAUUUGAACCCCAUUCACAAGUUGGGUAAGUCUGUCUAGUCAAAUAGGACUACCAGAAUGAAAGAGAUCAUACCAGUCGUGUUUGCCAUUAUUCAAUUUAAGUUGUAUAAAAGUAACAAAUUAGACGUUAAAGGCUGCAACCAGUUGUGUGUAACUGCAUUGUUAUAUAUGAAUUAAAAUAUAUAACGGUUAAAAAAAUUAAUGAAUCAACUGGCAAAAAGUAAUCAAUAAAUAUAAUUAUAAAAAUUCAGACUUCAUAUAUAUAUAUAUAUAUAUAUAUAUAUAUAUAUAUAUAUAUAUAUAUAUAUAUAAUCUAUUUUUUUUUUUUAGAAUCUUCUUUUUUUUUUUUUAAUUAGAGAAAUGUUUAUGGCAGAUCAACUCAAUUGUUGAAACUGAUAAUUGCUUACUUUAUUUUUGUCAAUUUCAAUCUACUGAUAGUAUUUACGUAGUGAAUCAAACUAUUGUUUUUAUUCUGUUUUUGUUUUAAAUUACAUUAAAUUGCUUUAUAAACACCCGUAUAUACAGUAGUCAAUGGAUGUGUUGUUUACACACCAAAAAAAAAUCAUAAAAUCAUUAAUAUUUAUGAUCUACUUCUUAACAUUGAAAAAUGUCUUUAUAUUUGAUUAAACCAAGUUUUAAUUUCAGUAGAUAGAACUGAGAUUGAUUUAGAAAAAUCAGUAUCUAUUAAAAACAUUUUUUUUUUGCAGGCUGAUUGUUCCUGCUCGGUAUCAUAGCAUGUUCUUACACGACAAAAAGCGGGCUACGGGUAUCUUCAGGGACGCCGUUGUUUCCCGCCAACAGGACUCGAGAGGUGGUAAUGGGUUUUGUGCAUAUGGUCACAUUAACCGGACUUACAGAUCAGGGCUUGGCAUUUGAAAUUUUUAAAAACUGCACAAAUAUUUAGAAACUAACAAAUACUGAAGCAUAACGAUUUCCAUCAAAGAUUUGCGUCAUUAUAUUUCGCAAGUGUUUUAACAAUACUUAGGUAUACAUUGAUUUAUACAUAUUUGAAAAAUUCUUAAUGAAUUUGAAAAAAAUAUUAAAAAUUUAAAUACACAAAUAACUUAAUCAAUAAUACAUGUUUUUAUUUCCCAUCAGCGUUUUUGAUUUUUUUUUAAUUGUAAACUUACCAGAGGCGUAGCUAGAGUGUUUGGCUCCUGGAGACUAGAUUAAUUUUAAAAAGCCUCCCUUGAUUUUUUUCAACUCUCAGACCCAUUCUUUUCAUCAGUAACGUAAUAUCAAAUCAUAUUUUAGCAGCCCUAACUAGUCAGGCGCCCAGGGUCAUCUAUCCCCAAUGCCCCCCCCCCCCCAAGAUAUGCUUCUGAAACUUACUGCACCACUUUGAUAUUAUCAAUAAAUCAAUAAUAAUUUUUAUACGAAAAAUAUCAGCGACCUAUUAUUUUUCUCUGCUUCUCUACAAUACGUUCAUAUCGUUAUGUUCUACAAGGAGGCAGUGGGGAAAUCGGUCAAGUUCUGGACGUUGCAAAAGGCGGUGAAAUAUCAGUGAGAUGGCUCUCUGGGUCGUGUUCCACACACCGUUUUGGACAAAUUGACUUGGAAUGUGUUAAACAAACCUUUGGUGGCUUUUAUUACAAGAGCCAUCUGCCUGUUGUCGGUAAUGUAUAUGAAUAUUCCUCAUUAAAAUUUAAAAAAUCAGCCUUUUUUUUUUUGUUGUUGUUGUUGAAAACUAUAUUUGCUUUUUCGUUGUUUUUUCGUAUUGAAGAUAGCGAAACAAAAUGCACCGAUCAAUUAUUGGUUCUAAAAUUGAAUCUCACAGGUGCAAAGUACAAACCAAUAAUGGGGGCUACACAGAUUAAUAGACCUAACUAUGGAAGAAUGGUGAGUACAUUAUUAAUUAACUUGUUUGCUUGGCCUACAUUGUGACACUCGAAAAAUAGUUUAUUUACACAUUAUUCUUUUAAAUACCAAUAACCUAUUGUUUAAUAGUAACGCGAAACAAAUUCAAUGUUAAAAAAAUAUUUAGUCUAGUAGUCUAGUUUGAAAACAUCUCCUCAUACGCCACCCCCCCCACGCCUAAAAAAAAAAAAAAAAAAAAAAAAAAAACAAUCCCCCCCCCCUUUUUUUUACACAAAAAACGCACUCUAGUUUUAUGUUAUGUUCAAGAAUGUGUUUUUCUACUUUAACUAUAAUAAUACUUCUUUAAUAAAAAUGUCCAUUUAGCUGCCAAUUGGUUUCGAGAGUCCUGCUGUAUUCGGAACGUCUUUGUUUGGAAGCCAGAGUAGAAUCACAGAGCUAGACAGCAGAGGCAAGGAUUUGUGUCUAGGUGGACAAGCCAGCAGGCCAACAGGCGGCAUUUUCAGUGAGGUUUUCGACUCCUCAGUCAGCAGCGUCUCAGGUUUAGGAGUGCAAGACAAAUGCCGACUUCGAUUUUUG